UUGUGUAGUCCUGACUCUGAAGAAGUUGGUGGUGUUGAGGGAGCUGGAAAAGAGCUCAUCUCUGUGGUCAUUGCCGUCAAAAUCCAGGGCUCGAAGCGGAUCCUGCGCUCUCAUGAGAUAAUGCUGCCACCUACAGGCACUGUGGAGACCGACCUCGCCCUCACCUUCUCUCUGCAGUACCCUCACUUCCUGAAGCGAGAAGGGAAUAAGCUUCAGAUUCUGCUACAGAGGAGGAAGCGUUAUAAAAACCGCACCAUUCUGGGCUACAAGACUCUCGCCGUCGGAUCCGUCGACAUGGCGGAGGUGAUGCAGCACCCUGCAGAUGGAGGACAGGUUCUGUCUCUGUGCAGUAAUCAGAAGGAGUUGAUGGGGAAAGUGGCUGAGAUCUGGAUUUACUCCCUCUGUAGCCAGCCAAUCGACCACGAGGAGGCGGGGCUAAUGAAGAUCAAACGCUCUGAGAAUUACUCAGAGGAGGAAUAUGAGAGUUUCUCUUCAGAGCAAGAGGCGAGUGAUGAUGCUGCACAUGCACAGGAUCUGGAAGAUGAUGAGUUUGAUGUGAGGAAGUCUAAAAAGCAACGACGCUCAAUCGUGAGGACGACAUCCAUCACAAGGCAGCAGAACUUUAAACAGCGAGUCGUCGCUCUGCUCAGACGCUUCCGUGUCUCUGACGAGGUGUUGGACUCGGAGCAGGACCCCGCGGAACCGGCGCCGGAGGUGGAGGAGGAUCUGGAGAGUUUGGACUUUGAGAACCCGAGUGAUAGUCCAGACCUGGAGGAUGACGACAGCGUACUGAGCACGCCCAAACCCCAGCUCAAGCCAUAUUUCGAGGGCGUGUCUCUCUCCAGCUCUCAGACGGAGAUCGGCAGCCUUCACAGCGUGAGGAGUCACAGAGAACCACCCAGUCCGAUGGAUCCUGAUAAGCUGAAGGUUGCAGGAGGAAAGUUUCCGAUGGAGGACAUGUCUGAUGGCAUCACUUUUGCCCAGCCUGAAGCCGUGACCCCGACCACAGAGUUGGAGAUGAUGGACAACAUGGACUCUUUCUUGGAGAAGCUGCCCCCUACAGGCAGGAUGACCAAAACUGAGUCCCUCAUUAUCCAGUCUAACAGGCAGGAGGUGAAGCAGGUCCGCAGAGGGAGGAGUACGUCACUGAAGGAACGACAGACGAGCCGCCCGCCGAAUGAGAGAGCCAACAGUCUGGAUAACGAACAUCCGCUGCAUACACACUGUCCUCUACAGAUUCCCCGUAAAACGGUUUACGAUCAGCUGAAUCACAUCCUGGUGUCUGAUGAUCAUCUUCCUGACAGCAUCAUCCUCAUCAACACCUCUGACUGGCAGGGCCAGUAUCUGUCUGAUGUUCUGCAGAAUCACACUCUCCCUGUAGUGUGUACGUUCACCACAGCUGACGUUCAGGCCGCAUUCAACACCAUCAUCUCUCGAAUACAGAGAUUCUGUAACAGUAACUCCAUCACUCCGUCCCCGGUGAAGAUCGCAGUUGCAGGUGCGCAGCAUUACCUGUCCGCUGUGCUCCGCCUCUUCGUAGAUCACUUGACUCACAAGACUCCUGAUUGGCUGGGUUACCUGCGCUUCCUCAUUAUUCCUCUAGGAGCCCAUCCGGUGUCUAAAUACUUGGCCAGUAUUGAUUACAGGUAUAACAGCCUGUUCCAGGACUCAGCAUGGAGAGAUUUAUUCUGCAAACCUGAAGCUCCAGUUAUAGUGCAGGAGAAUCCUGACGUGGUCUCCAGAGUGACUCAGUACAUGCUGGGAGCAAAUGGAGCUCAUCAGCUCCCCAUAGCGGAGGCUAUGCUAACAUACAAGCAGAAGAGGAAAAAGAGUUUUCAUUUUGAUUUUGCAGUAAGUCCAGACGAAGACUCGUGUCAGAAAUUCAUCCCCUUUAUAGGGAUGGUGAAGGUGGGGCUGGUGGAACAGAGCUCUGCUGUAUCAGGUGACUCGGAUGACUCGGCUCCGUUAGCGUCUCUCCUCUCCUCCACUCCUCCGCAGAUCUCUCCAGCUCUGAAAGAAGCUUCUCCCACUCCUCCGUCCUCUCCCUCCAUCCACUCGUCCCUCUGCAGUUCCCCCGGUGGUGGACAGGGGGAGCUGAUGGGGCUGCAGGUGGAUUACUGGGUCGCACCGUCAGAGAAGAAGAGAGAGGUGGAGAAAAGAGAUUCCGUCGCCAAAAACACACUCAAGUGCACCUUCCGCUCGCUGCAGGUUAGCCGCCUCCCACUGGGCGGGGCGGAGGCGGGGCCAUCUAUGUCCAUGACCGUCGUCACCAAGGAGAAGAACAAGAAAGUGAUGUUUUUGCCGAAGAAGACGAAAGAUAAAGACGUGGAGUCAAAGAGUCAGGUGAUCGAAGGAAUCAGCCGAUUGAUCUGCACUGCCAAACACCAGCAGACCAUGCUGAAAGUGUCUAUAGAUGGCGUGGAGUGGAACGAUGUGAAGUUCUUCCAGCUCGCCGCUCAGUGGUCGUCUCAUGUCAAGCACUUCCCCCUCGCCGUCUUCGGACACUCCAAAGGACCCUACUGACCUUUGACCUUUUGUGCCAACUGCCUUUGCCCUCCUGCCAGACCCCGCCCACUCUGUCCUUCUAACCCUCCUGUGUUUUUAAGCCUAACUGAAGACUAAUUAACUGAUCGACUGAUCGUGUGGAUUGAUUAACCGGCUAACUGACGCCUGUCCCGGUGUGGAAUAAUCCGGAAUACGCGAUGGUGUGAUCGGCGUUGGCAGAACGACAGAAACAUCACUCACUUUUAUUUUACUGAACACAUCUGCAACUUCUAAAAGUCCUGUUCUGUUUGUGUGACCGCUAAACACCAGGCUUCACUCCAGUAGACAUAAUGACUCACUUUAUUCAACUCCUGAUUCGAUUCAUCUGAACCACCCGUGUAUGUGAACUGCCAGUUUUUAUUUGAUUCACAUUUCUGAUUUAAUGAUUCAGAUCAUUUAAGUGAAUCAAGCUCUUUGAGAUUCGAUUAAUUUGAUUGAUAUGACUCACUUCUGAUUCUUUCAAAACAAGCCAUUUAAUUGAAUUGAACUCAGCAGGUUUUGAUUCAUCUGAUUCAUCAUUACUGCUUAUUUUAAACUUGCCAUUUAAUCUGCUUUUAUUUUUUUUAUUUAUUUGCCGCCCCAUCAUGAAAUUUUUUUGUGAAUUCAUUCUUCUGAAGCUUUAUUUAUACAAACAGAAGUUUUUAAUUCAUUUGAUUCAUUAUUGGAACUUUGAUGCUCAUUUAAAUUAAUUGAACUUUAUGACUCACUUUAAUUUUUUGGGUUUUAUUUUUAACCAUGUGUUUAAGUGACCGUUAAUGUCUCUCUGCUGCGUUUGGUCUAGUCCACCGUCUGUUCUCACAGUGUGUGUGUGUGUGUGUGUGUGUGUGUGUGAAUGUUGAAGGGUAAAGCACUUUUUAAAUGUUAAUUUAAGAACAGUUCUUAGUUUAGACUUUUAGAUGUGUGUGUUAAAGCCAUAAAACGUGGACACUCAUGAUAAAUAUUUAGUUUAAUAUUGUUUUUUAUCAGCAGUGUUUGACCCGCAGCACAGGUCGUGUGUAUUUAUUAACGAUGAUGUUUCAGAUGAAGUGUGUGAGCAAACAGAAACCUGACGUCUCUCAAAAACACAAACGCUUCAAUCACAGUAACGAUGCACUGUUAGAGUCUUGUAACACAUUUAUAAACCCUUUAUAAAGUGUGUAUGAAGCACGCUGUUACAGCAUCAUUACUGUCAGUAUUUCUGCUCUUUUUAAUUAAUUAAAUUAUUAACGAAGUUUGUUCAGUUAAAAAACUCCUUUCAUUCAAAUUAGCGGUGUAGAGAUACGAUCCCUGCUGAAAAAAAACUACAAUCCGUUAGGAAAAUCUCUAGUGGUUUCCAUCGCAUAAUGAAAAUGGUCUUAAUGGUUUCCAUCAGAUUCCUGAAGGUUUCCAUUAGAGAUUUUAUGGUUACUUUAUUCUUAAACACCACCAGAACCCAGUAAGACCUUAUUAACGGACGACCACCAGAAGAAAAUUAGAUGAACCAUCAGGAACCAUCAGGAUCACCACAUUCCAUUAAACCACCAUUACAGACCAGCACCAACACAUGAGAAAGUGCUAGAAACCUGUGAUGUUUUUUUUUUUAGCGGGGAGACGUCUCUGUAAUGAGGAACAGUGAUGCGAGAUUCACAAACGUAAAAACUAAACCCAGAGUCAGUGUCGAGAGUGAAAAGUUACAGCUGUCUCGUGGCUAGUCAGCAAAUUAGCUAGUUUAGCUACCUGUGUUUUAAACCUAGCGUUAAGGAAACAGAGUCGUAUUCCUCUGAACGUCUGAAUAAAGUGUAAGGCGAGAAAACACUGAUGUGUGUGUGGUGCUGUGGAUCUGCAGGACUUUUACACUUUCACCUCGUGAACAUUUCAUAAAGUUGUGUGUUUCAGUUUCUACAGCAGGAAGGACAAACGGGACGGUUCCUGAUCAGUAUUUGUAAAAAAAAAAAAGUUAAAAUACUACCACUGUGUUUCCUGAACUGGGAAUAAUAAACUACACACACACACUA